GGACAACAGUCUAGCAGCAGCCGUCGGACGAGUUGUAACAGAAGAGUAAACAUGUCGCUGAAGUUGCAAAGCAGUUUGCUAGUCUGGUGCACCUUGGCCCUCGCCCUGGUGCUCACGUCGCCGACCAGAGCGGAUCUAACAGACGAUCAAGACCAUGAACAACAUCCUAAGAUGCCAAGCUCCCGCGCCUAUGUCGAAUUGGAUGAGGAGCUCGACACCAAGUUCUGGUACGACAAAGCACAAUCUAUAUUGGCCGACAAACUGGAACACCACAAGAAGCUUAAUGAGAAUCGCGCAAAGAACAUCAUACUCUUCAUGGGCGAUGGCAUGUCCGUUCACACUAUCGCCGCUACUCGCAACUACAUGGGCGACAGCAACAAGCAGGUCUUCUUCGAGAAAUUCCCGUAUGUGGGACUCUCAAAGACCUAUGCAGUUGAUGAACGCACUCCUGACUCGGCAAAUACAGCGACGGCUUAUCUGACCGGUGUCAAGGCCAACUACGGCACCAUUGGUGUCAAUGCCCAGGUGAAACGCAAGGAUUGCUAUGCCGGUACUGACAACAGCACACACACCCAGAGCAUUGCCCAGUGGGCACAGGAGGCUGGAAAGUGGGCGGGUCUAGUGACAACAGCUCGUGUCACACACGCUUCUCCCGCUGGUGUCUAUGCACAUGUGGCUAAUCGCGAAUGGGAACACGAUGAGCGUAUCACCAAGGACGGCUGCAGUGCGGAGGUCAACACGGACAUUGCUCGCCAGCUGGUGGAGUGGCCUGUGGGCAAGGAUCUGCGCGUGGUUCUGGGUGGCGGAAGAGCUUACUUCCGGGACAAGAAGUUGCGCGAUGAAGAAGGCAUCCUGGGUCUGCGCACUGAUGGACGCGAUCUGAUCAAGGACUGGCAGCAGGAUAAGGAGGAACAAGGCGCCGAGGGGCACUACGUCUGGUCGCGCAAGGGUCUCUACGAUCUCAACCUGGACAAGACAGACUAUCUGCUGGGACUCUUCGAUGUCUCGCACUGUCCGUAUCACGGCGAUCGCACCCGCAGCAGGCUUGACUAUGCAGAGCCCUCGCUUUCUGAAAUGACAGAGGCAGCCAUCAAGGUGCUAAGUCGCAACGAGAAGGGUUAUUUCCUUUUCGUCGAGAGCGGACGCAUUGACAUGGCGCAUCACGAUACCCUGGCACGCAAGGCUCUCGAGGACACCAAAGAGUUUGCCUACACCGUUGAGAUGGCACGCAAGAUGACCUCCGAGGAGGACACACUCAUUGUGGUCACCUCAGAUCACUCGCACACGAUGUCCAUCAACGGUUAUCCUUAUCGUCGCCAGAACAUCUUUUCGCUGGCUCCCAAUCUGGCCACCGAUGAGAAGCCCUUCACCAUUCUUUCAUAUGCUAACGGUCCUGGCUAUGCAAACACCUACAAUGAGAAGGGUCGCAUUGAUCUUACUAAUGUAGACACCUAUCAGCCCGACUUCAUGUUCCAGGCCACAGUACCACUCUACUCUGAGACACACGGCGCCGAAGAUGUAGGCGUCUUUGCCUCAGGUCCCAAGGAGCACUUCUUUGCCGGCAACUACGAACAGAGCACCAUUCCCGCCCUCAUGGCUUAUGCUGCUGACAUUGGUCCCUUUGCCCAGGACAAGCUGAAGAAAUAGAAAUAGUAGUUGCAAUAAAGUGAUGCCUUUGUUGAUGA